AAAGGACAUCGAUUGAUAAUGUGCGUAUCAGGACAGAGUUUUUAGGAUCUGUCAGUGUCUAUGAUGAAAAGCAUCGACCUAUCCAACAAAUGGCACCCAUGGAAGGAGGUGGUGUUCUAGAGAUCUUGAGCUCCAUUGUAACACAACCUACCGAAGGAUGGAAGUCCUUAUUCAAAGGCCAGAGAGUGACUUGGGUGUAUGAAAUGCUUCGCACAGUAUUAAGGCCAGGAUUAGAAAGCUCUUUAAACGAUAUGUUUGGUUUAUACGAUGAUACGAUUCCCUUAUUGCAUUUAGAUAAUGUGACACCGAACAUUUCAACUAUUGUCGUAUCUCACCUUGUGAUUGGAUUAUUACUCAGUCCUUUGGAGAUUAUCCGCACAAGGCUCGUUGUCCAAAGUGCUUCACCUCUCUGCAGUAAAUACAAAGGUCCCAUUCAUGCUUUACGUACCAUGUUGCACGAAGAAGGUGGCCUCUACGGCAUCUAUUUUGAAUCCAAGAACCUGUUUCCUACCUUAUUAUAUCACAUCAUUACCCCACUUUUAAGCUGUAGUACACCUUUGAUUAUUGCUCGAUUGUUACAUAUCUCGGCUGCUGAUAGUCCGAUUCUUUAUGGUGCGGCAGAAUUGGCUUUAUCCACACUGGGAUUGCUUGUGAUGUUGCCUAUUGAAACCAUCCGUAAAAGAUUACAGACACAGGUACGCGGUGAUUUCAAAGCUACUGUGGCAUUACGCCCUGCUCCUUAUCGAGGUUUCUUUGAUGCCUUGUACAAGAUUAUGAAGGAAGAAGGUACACGUAAUAAGCGAUCUGAAAGUAAGCCUGUGGUGAUGGAUUCCGAUAGUGAGAGUGAUGAUGAUUUAUUCCCUGUCCGACGACGACAACAACAACAAAAGAAAUCUGCCACUGGAGGAGCCACGGCAAGUGCUUGGGGUAUCCGUGGAUUAUAUAGAGGCUUCACCAUGCAAAUGAUGGCUAAUGUCAUGGUAUUUGUUUUUCAUACCAUGAAUGGCAUUGAAGAUGGGUUCAAUGGCAUCAUUUAAAAAAUAAAAAUAAAAAGCGCGGCAUAACAUUUUGCAUAAAUAUUUUUCUUUUCUUUUCUUUUUUCUCUCACACACAAGAAAUAAUAUGAAGACAUUACUCUUGUUAUCAUUACCCUUGCUGACAAACAUUGUAGUUUCUGCAGACAUUGCCCAAAAGGUGCUUCAUGAAAAAGACACGCCUAUUAUCAAGUCUGUUGCCAUCAUUGGUAAAGCAAAAACAAUAAAACCUCUAUACAUUUAUAAAAUAGUAAAAGUCUUUUU